AUGUCGGACGAGAAAACGCAUGUAAAGGUCGAGCAGGAGACGGAGGUCGCAAACAUCGGAGACCUAGUCUCACGGUCACCUAGGACACACAUUGAUAGCUCUCCAUUGCCGACAGACUCCAUGGUUACCGUGCCGCUUUCAGAGACAGAUGGAGGAAGCAUAAAGGAUGGUGAGGAAGGCGCGAGGGAAUCUAUAUUACGGCCAGAGAUUAUAGUGGAAGAGGGCAGGCUAUCCUCGAGGCCGGACUCUUCUGAGAUACACAAAGCUUUCGGACGACGCAGCAGCCAAGCGAGCACCGAUACACCUACUGCAGACAGCCCGACCGUAUCAGUACACGACACCGACGCUCCCGAAACCCCAGAAUCCCUCACUAGGUCGAGGUCGAGAAGGCGCAGCAGUGGGUCAGGCAAUAGUGUGCAAGUUGAUUGGGCGGAAUUGGAGAAGAAGGAAGAGCAAGAGCCAGAGGGCGAAGAAGAGGCUAUGACACUCCUUCUUGCACGAUUAGAACAAGAGAACAACGCCCUACUAUCAGACUCCAAAGCUGGCAUGAAGGUCUCCCGCAUCCGCAGCCAGUCCCGACCGCCCUCGUUCAACCAGCUCAAACGCCUCGUGCAGCAUGAGACCUCGAUUGUGCGCUACUCACAACUCCCCUCCCCACCGCCCAUGACCGAGCUCGAGUUCUGGGCCGCCCUCGUGCGAGACUACCCCCAAACAAUCCAACGACUACCAACUCUUUGCCUUAACAAGAUUCGAGGAGGGAUACCAGCGCCUUUGCGCGGCGUUGUGUGGCAGAGCGCUUCGGGCGCGAGGGACAAGCUCAUAGAGGACCAAUAUGAUACCUUGUGUGGAGAAUCAAGCCCAUACGAGAACAUCAUCAAUAAGGACCUCGGCAGAAGUUUUCCGGGUGUCGAGAUGUUCAAGGACUCUGAAGGCGAGGGACAGAAGAUGCUGGGCCGCGUGCUGAAGUGCUUCAGCCUUUAUGACCAGAAAAUCGGCUAUUGUCAGGGCCUGGGGUUCCUCGUUGGUCCACUGCUGAUGCAGAUGGGCGACAAAGAGGCCUUCUGUGUGCUCGUUAGGCUCAUGGAAGACUAUGACCUCCGCUCAUGUUUCCUCCCUGACCUCUCGGGCCUGCACCUGCGCAUCUUUCAGUUCCAGAAACUUCUCGACCAACACAUGCCACAGCUGGCGCGACACCUUGAUACGCUGGGAGUCGAGUCCGCAUACCUGUCGCAAUGGUUCCUUUCAUUCUUUGCCGUCACAUGCCCGCUACCCAUGCUCUUCCGUAUCUACGACGUUUUAUUCGCGGAAGGCGCUUCCGAGACUAUCAUGCGCGUUGCACUCGCGCUCAUGAAGAGGAAUGAACAGAAGCUGUUAUCGCUAAGCGAGUUUGAGGAUGUGAUGCAAUUACUGUUAGGCCGCCAGCUCUGGGAUCCAUAUGGACGGAAUGCGGGAUCUGCCGACGAACUGGUAAAUGAUUUUGUCGGUUUUACGAAUGACGUUACGCGCGAGAAGCUGCAAGGGUUGGAACAACAAUACAAAGAGGCCCAGGAAAAAGACUCGUCUAAGCAGCAGAUCCAGAAGUCUGCGACGUCUUUCCUUGGCCGACUAUGGGGUCCCUCCAAUUCUAUGACGAAAUCAGUGUCUCUUAGCCCGGGUCUGUCUGCGCCAUCACGACCUGUUAGCUUUCUGAGACGAUCCGCGUCGAAACAGAGCCUUGCAUCGACGCUAAACUCGACUGCUGAGUCGGACGCUUCGGCAGCGACUCAGAGCACCGCAUUGACAGACGUCUCUCGCGGCUCGAGUGCGGAUGUGAUGUCGCUAAAGUCAGGUCAUGGAUCCGUUGCAAUGGGCCACUCUGCGAAGGACCGAGAUUUGCACUACCAGAUUGAGCAGCUUCUCAUGUCAGUGAGCCAGCUGCAACGGCAGAACAGCGAGCUGGAAGCUGCAUUGCAGAAGCAGCGCGAAGACCGGAAAGAGGAGUAUCGUGUUGUGCGGACAGUAGUCGACAAACUCCGCAAGAGGACGUCUACGCUUGCAGCUCCCUCGCCGCGAGAAUCGCGACGUAGGAGCACCAUCACAGCUGCGAAUGUGGUUGCAUCAUCCGAUGAGAGACCUAUGAGUGCGCCGCCUGAAGAAGGCGUAGACAUCGUGGAGACGCUAGAGAAGCACUUCCCAUCAACGCAAACACAUCAACGCGCGUCCUCUAUGUUCGAGACCAAAGAAAUACUACGCGACAACCUGUCACGCACAAAAGAGCAACUGAACUCCGAGACAAUUCGCGCACAGACGCUAGCCCGCGACCUCAAUGACCGCGACACUGAGCUUCAGAUCGCCCGCGAUGCGCUGAAAGAUACCCGACAGCGCCUCCAAGAAUCCUACAAUCAGAACCAGAAACAGGAAAAGACGAUACAAGAACUUCGCCAAAACGCGCGAAAGGCCUCAACAGGCACAUCGUGGGCCUCCAUGGAUGCCUUCAUACCCGACACGCCUCCCACCUUAUCCCGCUCGACUACAUCGGACAGUGUUUCUGGCGGCUUGAGGGAACUAAGACUUGGUCGUACGCCCAGCCAGAAGUCUACCCAUCAUCCACCACCACAGACAUCCACCUUUUCGAAGCGCUCCUCUUCGCUCGCCACACAGUCUGUGCUAGCGACUGAGAACCACACCCCCGCGGAUAACGAAGCGCUGCUCCUCGAACUCGUCAACGCGAAAACGGCAGAGGCGGUAGCAAAGCAGGAGUUGGAAGAACUGAAGAGCAAAUAUUAUGAGGGUAUGAAGAGGGUGGUCAGUGGGCAGAGCCCGGUCCCUACGUCGCCUGGCCAGACUCCGAGUCUGGUGCCGAGAGAAGCUUCGGGCGGUGCGGGCGGAUGGGGCUGGGCUGGCUGGAAGAGGUCGGUGAGCACGAGUAAUGCUGGUGUCUCAUAG